ACCGGGCCGAACGGCCGCCGCGGUGCCCAGGUCGCUGAGCGCCCCCGGGGCCCCCGCAGCGCGCCCAUGCCCGCCUGCCAGCUGCCGGUGGGCACGUGCCCGGACAUGUGCCCGGCCGCCGAGCGCGCCCGGCGCGAGGAGGAGCGCCGUCUGCACCGCCUGGAGGUGGCCCCGGGCGGAGGCGGGGACCGACCCCGCGCCGACCCGCAGCGCACGGUGAAGGAGUACAGCCGGCCGGCCGCCGGCAAGCCCCCGCCCUCGCCGAGCCAGCUGCGGCCGCCCUCCGUGCUGCUGGCCACCGUGCGCUACCUGGCCGGCGAGGUGGCCGAGAGCGAGGAGGCGUCGCCCGCUGAGGUGGCCGGCUUCGUGGCUGACCGCCUGCGCGCCGUGCGCCUGGACCUGGCGCAGCAGGGCGCGGGCGACGCCGAGGAGGCGGUGGUGCUGGAGGCCGCGCUGGCCACGCUGCUGGCCGUGGUGGCGCGGCUCGGGCCGGACGCGGCUUGCGGGCCGCUGGACCCGGUGCUGCUGCAGCUGCAGGUGCAGGAGGCCUUCGGCUCGCUGCGGCGCUGCUACGCGCGGGGCGCGGUGCCGCCCGCCCGCCAGGCCACCUUCCAGGGCCUCUUUCUGCUCUACAACCUAGGCUCCGUGGAAGCCCUGUGGGAGAUUCUGCAGCUGCCCGCUGACGUGCGCGCCGGCCCCGGUCUCCGUCUGGCCUUGGCAGUGGAUGCCGCCUUCCGCGAGGGCAACACCGCUCGCCUGUUCCGCUUACUCCGGACGCUACCUUACCUGCAAAGCUGCGCGGUGCAAGGCCAUGUGGGCCGCGCCCGCCGUGAAGCCCUGGCACGACUGGCUCGGGCCCUGAGUACCCCUAAGGGGCAGGCCUUGCCUCUGGGCUGCCUGGUGCACCUUCUGGCCCUGGAUGGAACCCACGAAGCGCGGGAAUUGUGCCAAGCCCACGGGCUGCCCUUGGACGGAGAGGACAGGGUUGUGUUCCUGAGGGCGUGUUAUGCUGAACGAGGGCCACCCCCCGCUGGCACCUGCCAUGUGUUGGUGGCCAGCAAGCUGCAAGGACGCUCGAUAGAGGAGGUAGUCAUGGCAGAGGAGGAGGUGGGCAGCACCAGAUGCCCAGGCUGAGUAAGGAGUGGGCUCUCCUGGAUCCCCUGGCCGGACAUCAGACUUCUGUUCUCAUGAUUCUCAAUAAAGGAAACUUUAUUUUGCGGUGCCCAGGA